AUGCAAUUGACCAUAUCGCUAGAUUUCAGUGGAGACAUCAUCUCCGUAGAUGUUCCAGAAUCAUUGUCCCUCGAGGACUUCAAAGCUUACCUUCAAGCGGAAACUGGAAUUAGCCCCGCCGAGCAAAACUUGAAAUUAAAUGGGAACCCAUUGAAGGCAAAUAAAACGUUGACGGAGUUGGGCAUAGUCAACAACGAUUUAUUGAUCUUAUCCAAAGCAAGAGAAAACCAUGCACCACCAUCUUCUUCCGCGCUGCAACUGGCGACAACUCCCGCAACUGGCCACCCUUCAAACUCGCAAAUCAAUGACCGAGUGGAAAUGGUGAGACAACAGAUCUUGUCAGAUCCGCGUGCUCUCGAAACCAUGCGUGUGACUCAGCCCAGUCUCUACAAUGCGAUAAAUAAUCCUGAAACUUUCAGAAGCUUGAUGAUUGAGCAAGUGAGGGAAGAGCAGCGGGAUUCUUCGUCGUCGCAGGCUGAAUUACUCCGAUUACAACAAGAUCCAGAUAAUCCGGAAAACCAGGCUCGUAUUAUGGAGUUGAUCCAGCAAGAGGCUAUUGAAGAGAACAUGAAGUUGGCCUGGGAUAUAAGUCCCGAGAGUUUCACUAGCGUCAAUAUGCUUUAUCUCAAGUUGAAAAUCAAUGGCGUUGAGCAAGUUGCCUUGGUUGAUACCGGUGCUGCCAUGACAAUCAUUAGUCCGGAUAUAGCGCAGGAGUGUGGCAUAUCAAGGUUGAUUGACAAGAGAUUUCAAGGUCAAGCUGUUGGUGUUGGUACACAAAAUAUCGGCGGAAAGAUCCACAGCGUACCGCUUGAAAUUCAUGGCACUGGUGUCGAGUUGCCGUGUUCAUUUUAUGUUGUUGAUACCUCGGUAGGUAUUUUGUUUGGUCUCGACAUGUUGAGAAGGCACCGGUGUGUGGUUGACCUAACUAGGGAUGUGCUAAUCAUCGGCGGGCAAUUUGAGGCUAAGUUCUUGUCUGAAUCGGAGAUUCCUAGAAAGACCUUGGGAGGUAACAUAUUUUCGCGAGAGGCGUAA